AUGAACCUCGGUGAAGUACUGAACAAGAUACCCAGGCCGCCGGUGUCGCUUCCUCAGAUGCCGUCCAUCGGCAGUCUGGGCCUGGGCGGAGGACACAAGGAUCUGAGUCAGCUCGGCAGGGCACCACUCAACAUGACUCAGGUGAGAAAGUCCAAAUCCCAUCUUGAGACUCAUUGCAUGUAA